CAGCUGAUCUUUUUUCUGUCCAUGAACUCGGUAUUCGUCUCUUUGUAUCUGUUCUGACAUAUCGGGAACAGACUCAUAUCUCAGAUAAAGUUCUACCCCCCUUAUUUAAAAUAUCUGACUCAUGUUCACAUGUAUGCUUGCCUGCUAAAAACGAACAUGACGAUAAGAACAUGGACGUUCUUACCUCCGACAAGGUUAAGGCUAUCUAGUUUGACUGCGAAUGAUCUUCAGUUGUGGUAGUAGUGAGCCGGCACCCCUGCUGUACUACCACAUCUUCCUCUGUAGAUCAUUGCGAGCACCUUCUUUCUUUCUUUUCUUUCGACAAGAAGGACCUCAGGGGCAGAAGCAGUCCCUAAUAUGCGCAUAUUAG